UUUAUUAUAAAUAUUCACUACAAGCAAUAAGCGAUUAUAAAAUAAUUUGACGUGAAUAUUUUGACUCACUAAAAUAAUCACGUGUGAAUACGACGAAAAUGGUAGAAAUGGUGGAGGAUAUGGAUAAUUUAGAUGAUAAACUAUUUAGUACAUUUAAGAAAAAUCCAUCUACAGAAAAAAAAAUUACAUUUGCAGAUGAGGAUGAUAUGUUAGAUGAUUUGCUAGCUGAUAAGAACUUUUCAUCAGGCCAAAAGAAUCCAAUAAGAGAUAAGAGUAUAAUAGAUGACUUGUUCAAUAAAAAGGUUUCCAAUGAAUCAUUAUCGAAUGAAAAGGAGAAUUUGACAUCUGUAUUAAGCACUACAGGAAUUGACAAGUCAAAAAUGACAAGUGAUAAAGCUAGAAAAAUGUCACUGAUGCAAGAUUUAUUUGGAGAUACAUUGCACAUGUCACCGUCAAAAGAAUCGAAUGCUAGUAAAAAAUCUGUACAGAUUGAACAAGGAAUCACACAACAUGCAACUGAAUCUAAGAUACAAUCUCAGCAUUCUACUUAUGCUCCAACAGCUGGAACCAGAGAGCCUCGUAGAGGCAAAAGAACUUCAGAGAUAAUUAAUGAUCCUUUAGGAUUAUUCACUCUAAGUACAAUGUCAAAUCAAACUGAAAAAACUGAAGAAAGAUGUACAGUAUCUGCAGACUCAAGUAGACAGAAACCUGAAACUAAACAAAAUUUACCAGAUUGGUUGGAACCUAAGAAGAUAACAGAAGAUAAAAAUAGUGAUUAUGUUCAAGAUAAAAUAAUGCCUACUGAAGAAUUAUUCAGUAGACAUAGAAGAAAUAGCUCUGAUAAGAUAGUUCAAGAAGAUGAAACAAGAGUAGCUGAAUUACUGCCACAUGAGAAAAAAAAGACAAAAUUAUUGGAUAAUCAAAAACUCGAAAUGAACGAAUAUGAAAAACAAAAUGAAGAAAAUUAUCAUAAACUUAACGUAGUAGAUGUUCCUCUUGAUGCAAAUAAAAAUUCGGAAAAUCCAUAUAGUAAUUUAACUCGCAAAGAUGCGAGUUACGAUAAUAUGAUUUAUAAAUUAGAGUUAGAAAAGUCUCAUCUGACAGUAGCAAUACAUAGCUUAAACGAAAAAUAUGAAAAUGAGAUAAUGAUUUUAGAUGAAUCAUAUAAACGACAAAUAGGAUUCUUGCAAGAAAGAACAGAUACAUUGGAAAAGAGAAUGCAACAGGAACUUGAAUGUUUAGAAACAGAUUAUGAAGCAAAAAUAGAAAAGUUAAAAAAUGAAAAAAUGCAAAUUGAAACAUUUUACAAAGAAGAAAUACAGAAUUUAAAGAAGGAGCAUGCGCAAUUUAUAGAAGAAAUUUACAAACGUCAUUCUGAAAAUACAAGACUGCUGCAGAAAGAACAUUUUGAUACAAUAGAGAGUAUAUUGAAAAUGAGAGAGGUGGAGAAUUUGGCUAUGACGACUAUAACAACCCACAAGACUGAUAUGCAAAAUUUGUUACAAAAAGCUGACUUUAUUAUAGAGAAUAUAAAAAAUGUGCAAGAAAAGACUGAUCAUAGAGAAGACCAAAGUAUAAAGUUAAGAGAAUAUUAUUUAAAAAGUCAAGAGGAAGACAUGCAAAUACGAAAUGUAGAGAUAAAGAAGCAACAAGAGUUACAGAUGGAAGAACGUGACAAAAUGAUGAAAGUAGCGGACAAAUUAGAUUUGCAUGUUGCACAAUUGAUGCUUGAAUUAGAAAAGAAAAGCACUAUGCUCACUGAAGCAUUGGAAACGUUAAAGAAAAGAGAACAAUCUCUCUCGCAUGAAAGAGAAUUGUUUGAAGAAAAAGUACAAUGGGAAUAUAAUCAUUUACAGACUUUAAAAGAAUCUUGGUUAAAUGAGCAAGAAAAAGAACUGAAGAUUUUAACAAAAGAGAAAGAAGCUAUUGCAGCUAAAAAGAUGCAAUAUGAAGUUUUAAAGACAAUAAAAACUAAUUCGGAUAAUAUUACAAAGAUAGAGUCAGCUGUUGCUAUAAAAACUGCUCAAGACGCUACUAUAUUCGCGAAUCAAGAACGAUUAAAAUGGCAAGAAAAAAUGAAAUAUCUCGAAGCUCAAGAGCAGGCAUUACAAGAAAAAGAAUUUCAGCUGUUAGCACGCGCCAAAGAUAUCGAAAAUUUUACACAAGUAGCAUUUGCGAAAAAUGAGGAAGCCAUCAAAGCACUUAAAGAAGCUCGUAAUAUUGAAAAUGAAAGCAAAACUAAAUUUGACUCUAAUUUUAAUGAUGUAUUUCGAAAACUCAAUUCAACAAGUGAAAAAAUGGCUUUGACAACUACCCAACUGGAGAAAUCGAAAAAAAAUAUUCCAUAUAGUGCAAAUAGGCGAACAUUAUCUAAUCCACAACAUGCGUUUCAAUUUACUACUCAUUUUACAGAAGUUGUAGAUCCUCAAUUGGUAAUGUUGAAGUUAAAUCUAGAUGAUCAACUGAACGAUAUUCAAUAUAUAUGACUGCCAUCAAAUUUUAAUAUAAAACUUAAUAAAUAUCUCAUAUCUCUCAUAUAAAAACUAUCUGUUUGAUAUUUUUUGUAUUUAAAAUAACAGACAAUAAACAUUAAUAUAUUACUUAAUAGU